CUUACUGCUCUUAUAUCGAAAUCGGCUACAAAAUACCAACUACAUACGGUACAUAAUUUUUCUGGCUUGGUGGGCUGCCUCGACCGUCUAAAUACCAUUAUCCAAAAACAAAAGAAAAAAACCCACCUUCGAUACCACUCGUUUAGCCAAACGACCGGCUCACACAAAUGAAGACCUCACUGCUCCUCCUCCUCUGCUCCCUUUCCUUCACUCUCACCACUCUCUCACACGCCACCUCCGCCUACCCUUCCAUUCCCGGAACCUCCCCUUCCGACUGUUCUUUCUCCAACGACGACACCAACCCUUUAGUUCCCCCUCGCCGUGAAGUAUACUCAAAUGGCCGAAUAUUCGACAUCACCCACCGUAUCACAACGGCCACGCCGUCGUAUGACUCCCCGGACGGCGUGCUGGGUCAGUUCCUGUGGCUCCCACGCAGCAUGAAGAACGGCUCCCUUGCGAACAUGUCAGUUUUCAAGCUGCCUACUCACACCGGCACGCAUGUUGAUUCUCCCGGACACUUCUUCGAUCACUACCUCGAUGCCGGCUUCGAUGUUGAUACGCUUGACUUGGAGGUCCUUAAUGGUCCGGCAUUGUUAGUUGAUGUUCCGAGGGACAAGAACAUAACUGCUGAAGUGAUGAAGUCCUUAAAUAUUCCGAAGGGAGUACGUCGUGUGCUUUUCAGAACAUUAAAUACUGACAGACGGCUUAUGUUCAAAAGUCAGUUUGACACAAGCUAUGUGGGAUUUGUGAAGGAUGGAGCCAAGUGGUUGGUAGAGAACACUGACAUCAAACUUGUUGGAAUUGAUUACUUAUCUGUUGCUGCAUUUGAUGAUUUGAUUCCAUCCCAUCUUGUUUUUCUAGAAAGCAGGGAAAUCAUCCUUGUGGAAGCUCUAAAACUCGAUGACAUCCAACCGGGAAUAUAUUCUGUCCAUUGCUUACCUUUGAGGUUGCAAGGUGCAGAAGGAUCACCAAUCAGAUGCAUUCUUAUCAAAUGAUGCAGAAUCGUCAAUUUAUAUCCUUGUUAUAGGAAACAGCCCUAGGAAAAGUUACUUUGUAUCGAAACGAACACUAUCCGAGUUCUUGCAAGGAAUGGAUUAGACGUGAGAAGAAGCACAAUGGGUGUCUGCACAGGAAACCCUUGAAUAGUUAUGUUCAUAGAAAGCCUUUAAGCAUAUUUUUCAAAACAAGAAAUGUAACAAUAUGUCACUAGAGAAUAGGAGUCGGUGAUUCCUUGAAUAAACAUCCUCCACUCUACCAGCAUAUGUAGUAGACUUUUUUAGUACAAGCCAGUAGAGGAGUUUGAAUUGUAAACCUGGCAUGCCUGAAUCUUCAUAUAUUUGUAGAUGUAUGAAACAAGGAAAAAAAAUCUUCAUAUAAAUGUAUAAGAAAUGAAAUUUAUUAUGAAACAAGGAAAAGUUGAGCGUGAAUUUUGAG